AUGCAAAAUAUUAAAUAAAGAAAACCUUAUUUAUAAGUUCACUUUUAACCUCUAACAGAGCGAAUUGAGAGAAAGAAAUAAACAUAAAUGAAGAACGUGUUGUUGAGAAAUGUGCAUACAUAGAGAAUCAAACGAAGCUUUAGUUUGCCUCACAAUUAAAGAUUUUUGAAUAGAUAUGAAUCUAUACCAAAAAACCUCCAUCCAUCUCGAAAAGAAACUAUAGAGGAACUUCAAACAAGAGAAUAAUCUCCUUAAAAAAGAGGAUCUUUAGUGACCAAUAUUAAGUAAUCACAAAAAUACAUAGAAGUGAAAGAAAGAUAGUAGAGAAAGAGUUGCGAUUGUUAAUAAUGUGGAAAAGAAACAAAUUUUCAAAGAGAUUCAAUGAAGGAAGGUGUUUUCAUAAUGUAAUAAAUAAAAGAAUAGGAAGCUUUGGCAAAUAAAUAUUAGAGAACAUAAAAAAAAUAGCAUGAAAAAUUAUAUCCAUAAUAUUUGAAUAUGAAGAGCAUACAUUUAGAUGAUGGUAACGAUCCUCGUAAUGAUUUCAUUAUAAAUUCGUUUGAGCAUCUGGAAGACGUGCCUACAUAAAUUUGUGCAAACAAAAAUAAAAGCAAGUCUAGCUUUUUUGACUCCUUCUUAAUUAAAUAGCAAUAGAUUGUAGUUGAUGAAAUGAGAAAAUUUUCCAAUCACAGAAAAAUUCUUGACAAAUACCGUUCGAUUCCAUUUCUCCCUAGCGACUUUUAAAAAGUAUUGACUCCUAGAACUCCAGCAACUAUGACAACAACUAUGGCUUAAUCUCCAAGAAAAAUCAAAGCUAAUGUCAAAAUGUACCUUUAGCCAAUCAAAAGACCGUAAAAAUAGCAUAAUAGAUUGUUAACCCUUCCAGAAUUUAGAUAAAAUAUAUGA